AUGGGUGUUCUGUGAAGUCCCUCCGCCCAGUGUGCGGUGUGGUGCCGCGUUCCAUGCGGGAACUUCUACGAGUGGUGCGAUGUAUUGGAGUUUUCGUAUAAAAUUAACAGAUUCUUCAACGUAGAUUAUUUCUCUUCGGAUUUCUGUCGUGUGCGAAAACUGCCUGUACACAAUGGUGAAGUUUUACGAGAGGAAGGACACGUUCAAGUUCUCGUGGGACCAAGUGGCUCAAGGUUUCUGGGCGAGGUACCCCAAUCCGUACAGCACGCAUGUCUUGACAGAGGACAUCGUUUCACGAUAUGUAGAAGGCGGAAAACUGUUCACAAAACGCUUACUCACCAAGACCAAUCCUAUGAACCGGCUACCAAAGUGGGGAGAGCGCUUUGUCAGUUCCAAGUCCGUGCGCAUUGUUGAAGAAUCUGUCGUGGACCCACGCACAAGGACAUUGGUCACCUAUACACGCAAUAUUGGCCUCCAGCAUAUUAUGUCUGUAGAGGAGAAAUGCAUCUACAAGCCUGCCGCUGACAACCCUAAACAUACCGUGGUAGAACGGAGAGCCUGGGUUUCAUCUUCGAUUCUCGGCUUCUCCUGCGCCAUCCAAGCCUUUGGUGUGGAACGCUUCAAACAGAAUGCUGCCAAGGCAUCCAAAGGAUUUACAUAUGUCCUGGAGCGCAUGUUCCCUGGGACCCAUCCAGCAGAGAAGGAGCGCCUUCGUUCUAAGCUGGCUACUGAGCUGGCCAAAGCCAAGGCUGUGCCACUGGUGGCUGCAGCCAGUUGCAGCAACUAGUGUGCUAGGUGUCGGCAUUCACUUAACACUGCCACAUAGUGCUCCCAUGAUAUACAGAUGACUGCACUCAGGUGCACAUUGUUAAGGUUGUCGGCAAGACUUUUCUCUGCCAUGAAAUGUCUUUCCUGCACCUUUCUCUUCUUUAUUUUUUCUCCUACUUUAGGUGCCAAGUAGUAUAUAGCAUUCCAGUGGAACUGUAACAGUCCAUGAUAACUGCCACUGCAGUUUCGUGGGAAGCUGCAUAUUUUAUUGGAAUUAAUGCUUACAUGUGGCACUGGGUGGAGAUGGCGGGGAAGUCUUUUGUUUUUGUGUUGUUUGUACCACGUUUGUUACUGAGACUACUGUAUGUGGUAGCCAUGUAAAAUAAAAUUACUGAAUUUUA